AUGGGCGACCGGGCGGCGGGUGGCCGCGGCUCUGGCGAGAGCAGCAGCGGUGGUGCCACGGCGGCGCGCUCGUACUCCGGCGGGUUCUCCAUUGUUGGGCCGUGGGAAGAGUCCAGGGACAUCAUUACCACCCUCGGCGCAUACGACCCUCAGUUUAGCGGCGCCAUGGCGGGUACGGCGCUGGAGAUGGCGGGCAUUGACAGGUACAUGCAGCUGCAGCAGGACCAGGUGCCAUUCAAAGUGCGCGCCAAGCGCGGGUGCGCCACGCACCCCAGGAGCAUCGCCGAGAGGGAGAGGAGGACGAGGAUCAGCGAGAAGCUCAGGAAGCUCCAGGACCUCGUUCCCAACAUGGACAAGCAAACGAGCACCGCGGACAUGUUGGACCUUGCAGUUGAGCACAUCAAGGGCCUGCAGAGCGAACUGCAGAGAAUGCAAUGA